AGUUCUGUGUUCCUAAGGCAACGACGUCUCUAUGGAGUCCAAAUCAUGUUGGAAUUUACUCGAGUUGAUUACGCCCUUCUUGGGCUGUCAUCGCCGAACUGUAUGAAAAUUCUGCAAAACACAGGGGCAAAAGGCCCUCAGAAGGUGGUUUUCUCAGGCAGUGAUGGAGUUUUACAAGUGUUUUCUUUCAAAAAGGGUGAAAUGCACAUUUCCUUCAAAACCCUGCCUGGCGAAAUCAUAUCUUGCUUGGAGUUGGGAGGAUCUGAUGGAGGUCAAGAAAAAAUAUUUGUUUCUUCAAAAAACGAGGUGCGAGGAUACACGAAAAAGGGAAAACUUUUCUUAGGAUUUGAUACCAAUUUAACAGAACCAAUAAGAUCUAUGCAUGUUACUGGAAAUGAUCUCUUAGUGGCUGGUAGCCAUGUGUACAAUCAUUACAAAGAUUGCAGAGAUGUAAAUUCAUAUCUAAGCAGUGACACGAUAAACGACAUAGUGGCGUUAAAUGUAGAAAAGACGCACAGGUUGACUGCUAUUUUAGCAUGUGAAGACAGGGUCUUGAGGGUCCUCGACAGGUCCAACUUGUCACAGGUUCUACCUUUGCAGAGUGUCCCAACUUUGCUCAGCCUCUUGUAUGAUAAUGGCGGAACUACAGGAGAUAACCUAGUGUACGCAAUGGAAAACGGUCAGAUUGGUUUGGUUCAAAUAAUGAGAAACAAUGCCCUUAUGAAGUGGACAAUAGACAACACUAAACAAAGGGGUGCUGUCAGGUGUAUGUGCUGGUAUGAUAUAACUAAAGACGGUGUACAAGAACUGAUAGUCGGACGGGACGACGGUAGCAUACAAAUUUAUGGAGAACCUAUGGAACGAGUUAGUGACAAUGAGUCACUGGUGGAGAAAUAUAAUUAUAUUUGUAACGAAAGCAUUACAAGCAUACAAGCUGGAUUUAUCGGAAGUGCCCAGUUUGAUGAAAUUCUAGCUACGACCUAUACAGGAUGGUUAUUUGGAUUAACAACCGAAGUGCUCGAAAAACAAGUCAGCCUAGACAUGAAAAAUUCUGGUGUGAGUAUUAAGUUGUCCACUGAAGAUAAACUUAAAAUUGAAAGGUUGAGGGCUGAAAUUGAAGAAUUAGAGCGAGCUGUCCUUAAAGAGAGGGAACGUUACCAAUUGUUAACGCAGGAAGAUUCUAUUGGAAUUUCAGUAACCCCAUUAUUAAAAAUCACAGAUAAGAUGAUUUUGGUGAAGGAGAAAUCGAUACUUCAAUUAACAAUUGAAACUGAAACUCCUAUUGACAAUGUUCUUUUGCAGUCUAAUGUAACAAUUAACUUACUUGACGUUGAACAGAAUUCAGCUGUUGUAAGCCACAGCAAAUGCCACAAGAGUUCAGGAAAUAAACUUCUGGCAACGUACAGAUGUCAAGUAAACACAACAAAACUCAGUAUAAGUUUGCAAUGCAGCAGUGAAUCUGGCACCUUGAACGUUUAUGUUACACCACAGACUCAUCCAAAGACGACACAUUUGAGAACUUUUACAAUAAGACAUCUUGGGCUUUACAGUAGAACCCAUGACUUCGAUGACACUAGGCCCUGCAAUACCCUGACUCUAAAAGGAGGGUUCAGCAUGGCAGAAAUGCACAAUUGGAUUUCAAAGUGUUUGCCAGAAAUGUCAGAAAAAAUACCAACACAAGACAACAUGAUGUACAACUAUAUCUCUUCCUUUACGGGUGCCAUCAUUCAGUGUACAUAUAUGAAAGGAGAAGCAGAAUUCAAGUCUGAUGACAUUACAACUAUUGCAAUAUUAAAGGAUUUCUUGACAAAAGAGGCAACCAUGAAAAAAAUUGAAAUAGAACUUUCCUUUGUUAUAAACGAUGAAAGUACAAAGCACUGUCUUUCACUGAUAUUUCCAAAACUUCAACUCGCCUUGCAGACACAGAAACAAGCGAGACUUCUUGAAGCACUCAAAGACAUUGAAAUCAAUGAUCGUGAGUCAAUUUUGUCUCUUACUCCAGGAUGCAAAGAGGUUUUGGACCAACAAAGUGAGAUUAGCAAAAACUUUAAACAUCAGGCAUUCAUUCUGGAGAGAAUCGAAGAUGUUAUAAUGCAUCUCUUUAUUGACUGGUGCAGAUUCGCAAAUAUAAAUGGAAGAAGCAAAUUACUCAAUUUAAAAGAAAAACUUCGAUCUUGUAAUCUGGAAGAGUUACUGGAGUUUUUUGAAACAUCUACCCCCGAGUGAAUGUAGUUAUUAAAUCAAAUUAUUUAACUUUAACUAAAAAUGUUUAUAAUGCUGAUAUGGAUAAAUAUAUGAGAGUAAUAUAUUAGUUUAA